AUGGGCAAUAAGAUUGCACGAACGACACAGGCAUCGGCGUCGGAGUACUAUUUGCACGAUUUGCCGUCGUCGUACAACCUGGUGUUGAAGGAGGUAUUGGGAAGGGGCCGGUUUCUUAAAUCGAUUCAGUGCAAGCACGACGAAGGGCUGGUGCUGGUUAAAGUCUACUUCAAGAGGGGUGAUUUCAUUGAUUUGCAAGAGUACGAGCGAAGACUUGCCCGAAUUCGGGACAUAUUCUCGAACCUUGAUCAUCCUCACGUUUGGCCCUUCCAGUUUUGGCUUGAAACUGAUAAAGCUGCUUAUUUGUUGAGACAAUACUUCUUUAAUAAUCUUCAAGAUCGAUUAAGCACUCGACCUUUUCUUAGUAUAGUGGAAAAGAAAUGGCUAGCUUUUCAGUUGCUUUAUGCAGUGAAACAGAGCCAUGAGCAUGGAGUUUGUCAUGGUGAUAUUAAAUGUGAGAACGUGUUGGUCACAUCCUGGAACUGGCUUUAUCUUGCUGAUUUUGCAUCAUUUAAACCCACAUACAUUCCACAUGAUGAUCCCUCAGAUUUUUCGUUUUUCUUUGACACUGGUGGAAGAAGGCUCUGUUAUCUUGCACCCGAGAGGUUUUAUGAGCAUGGAACUGAGAUGAAAGUGGCACAAGAUGCUCCUUUAAAGCCCUCUAUGGACAUCUUUGCCGUAGGGUGUGUAAUUGCUGAACUUUUUCUUGAAGGUCAACCAUUGUUUGAACUCUCUCAACUCCUUGCAUAUCGAAGAGGGCAAUGUGAUCCUAGCCAACAUCUGGAAAAGAUCCCAGAUUCAGGAAUUCGUGAGAUGAUUCUUCAUAUGAUUCAAUUGGAUCCUGAGUCACGAAACUCUGCGAACAGCUACCUGCAGAACUAUGCAGGUGUUUUGUUUCCAGGUUACUUUUCGCCAUUUCUUCUCAGCUUCUAUUCCUUGUUGAAUCCUCUAAACUCUGAUGCAAGGGUUCUAUUAUGCCAGACCUAUUUCCAAGAAAUACUGAGAAAAAUGAUGGGCAAUCAGCCGAGCAAGGAGAUUGGUUCAGGAUCGGAAUGUUCCUCAAACAGUCGAAGUCAAUUGCUACAGAUGGAUGCAAAACAAAAGUUUAAUCAAGCAGAUGAAUCUCUGAGCCAAGGCGAACAGACAGAGAAGGGUUCAAUUCAUGAUCAAUUUGAUCUUCUUGGUGAUGUCAGUAUCCUGUUCAGAGAUGUAAAACACAACGAGUGCGAUUCCAAUGUAAAGCCAAUGCCAGAUAAUGUAGCUGCUGCUGUAGAUUCCCAAAAUCAGAAGCAAUGUGGUACUCUGUCACCUGGUGAGCUAAUUCAAACUAUCUCUGACAUAUUUAAGCGAAGUCACCUUCCCUUCUUGAAAAAGAUUACCACCACCGAUUUGAGCUCUUUGAUGUCGGAUUAUGACAAUCAGUCGGACACUUUCGGAAUGCCCUUUUUACCAUUGCCUCAGGAUGUUACUAGCUGUGAAGGAAUGGUUCUGAUUGCCUCACUGCUUUGUUCUUGCAUUCGCAAUGCCAAGUUGCCAUUUAUAAGGAGGGGUGCUGUACUACUACUGAAGUCUUGUUCUUUGUAUAUUGAUGAUGAAGAUCGAUUGCAGCGAAUACUUCCUUACGUUAUAGCUCUGCUCUCUGAUCCAUCUGCCAUUGUCCGUUGUGCUGCCUUAGAGACUUUGUGUGACAUUCUUCCUCUAGUCAGAGAUUUUCCUCCCAAGGAAAGUGUAAGAAUAUGUUAUGCCAGCAACAUAUCUAAGCUUGCUCUGACUUCUUAUGGGUUCUUAAUGCACUCUGUAAGCUUGACUGAAGCAGGUGUUCUUAAUGAAACAAAUUUAUACCAGAAGUUAUCAACACCAGACGUCAUGAGUUCUGAACAGCCAAAAUGUCUAACUAUUAAUGCACAGCUUGCACAGUUGAGAAAAUACAUUGCGGAGGUUAUUCAGGAACUCGUGAUGGGUCCAAAGCAAACCCCAAAUAUCAGGAGAGCACUCUUGCAUGAUAUUGACAACCUUUGUUGGUUCUUUGGACAGAGGCAGAGUAAUGACUUUUUGCUACCCAUUCUUCCUGCUUUCCUGAAUGAGCGAGAUGAGCAGCUUAGAGCAGUAUUUUAUGGGCAAAUCAUUUAUGUCUGCUUUUUUGUUGGCCAACGAAGUGUGGAGGAAUAUCUUUUACCUUAUAUUGAGCAGGCACUAAAUGAUACAACUGAGGCUGUGAUUGUCAAUGCAUUAGAUUGCUUGGCCAGGCUGUGCAGAUGUACUUUUCUGCGGAAGAGAAUCCUGCUUGAGAUAAUUGAACGUGUUUCUCCAUUGUUAUGUUAUCCUAGUGAAUGGGUAAGAAAAUCAGCUGUCACCUUUAUUGCAGCUUGCAGUGAGAGCUUAGGUGCAGUGGAUUCUUAUGUUUUUCUGGUUCCAUUUAUACGCCCCUUUCUCCGUAGGCAACCAGCAUCUCUAGCCUCAGAAAAAUCUCUUUCUUCGUGUCUAAAGCCGCCAGUCUCUAGAGAGCUGUAUUAUCAAGUUGUAGAAAAUUCCAGAAGUUCAGACAUGCUGGAGAGACAGAGAAAGAUUUGGUACAAUAACUCAUCAGAGUCUAAACAUUUGGAAGCUGUAAACUUACUCCAGAAGACAGCUAUGGAGUUAGAUCAAAUGAAGUGUUGGUCUGAUGGACUAAAUGAUAAUCAAAGGCACACAUUUAUUAGUAGCACAAUGCAUCAAAUGUGUUUGACAGAUUCUGAAGAUAAUGAGGGUAAGUCGAAAGCUAUUGGAAGCUUAAUAAAAGAUUCCUCAAGUCUGUCAGACACCCAUGAAUUUUUUGCCUCAGAAAAGUUACAUUUCUCCGGUUUUAUGUCGCCACAUAUUAGUUGCACUAACAGCUUUAUAGAUAAAUCACCAGAAGGCAUACCUUUGUACUACUUUAAGGUUGAGAACAAGCAAAAAUCAGACACUGUCCCGGUGGCAUCUGAUUCUUCCCUGCAAUAUAAUUCUCUAGGUUUUAGUUCUUCCUCCUUGCCUUGGAUGGAUCCAAUAAAUAAAUCAUUUUGCUUAUCCAAUUCUGUUCCAGAUCUUAAGCCUGUCUCUGGGUCAAUACAUGUUGGUAAUGGCCCCACACAAAUGCGGAGAGUUGUGCAUGAAGUAGAAGACAGAGAGACUGAUCAAACAGGCUGCAACAAUAACAAAUAUCUUGAAAUGGGGGUGUCGGGUGCAAUGAAAGGCGGUUCUCUCAAAAUGGAAGAUAACUCCACUUCUACUGAAUUGACAGAAUUGUCAUCUUUUGCAUGGCCAUCUACAAUUCAUGAUUCUGGGUGGAAACCUCGUGGGGUGUUGGUCGCACACCUCCAGGAGCACCGCUUUGCUGUCAAUGAUAUUUAUAUGUCACUGGACCAGAACUUUUUUGUCAGCGCGUCUGAAGAUUCUACUGUUAAGAUUUGGGAUUGCAAGAAACUUGAGAAGGACAUCUCAUUUAGGUCAAAGCUAACUUAUUCCUUAGGUGGAAGUCGAGCACUUUGUGUCACCGUGCUUCAAGGUUCUUCUCAAGUUGUUGUUGGAGCAAGUGAUGGGAUGAUACACGUGUUCUCUGUUGAUCACAUCUCUAGAGGGCUAGGCAAUGUUGUGGAGAAGUAUUCAGGUAUUGCUGAUGUGGAAAAGAGUGGUGUUGGAGAAGGUGCUGUACUAAGCCUUGUAAAUUGCAGUUCAGAUAGUGGUACAAGGAAAAUGAUAUUGUACAGCACCCAAAAUGGUGGGAUCAAUCUAUGGGAUACAAGGACGAGUUCAAGUGCUUGGAACAAAAAAGUGUUACCCAAGGAUGGUUAUAUAUCAUCUCUUGUAGCAGACCCUUGUGGGAACUGGUUUGUGUCUGGAUCAUCAAGGGGUGUGCUUAUGCUUUGGGAUCUGAGGUUCUGUAUACUUGUAAACUUGUGGAAAUAUUCCCUUGAGUGCCCUAUUGAGAGAAUGUGCCUUUUUAUUCCUCCUCCUGGUACACCCUUGUCUGCUGCGACAAGGCCACUCGUUUAUGUUGCAGCUGGUUGUAAUGAAGUAUCUCUUUGGAAUGCAGAAAACGGGAGUUGUCACCAGGUAUUUAGGGCGGCAAACAAUGACUGUGAUGCUGAAUAUUCUGAGUCACCUUGGGCCUUGGCCAGAACAUCUAGUAAGACAAAUAAUAAACUGGACGUAAAGAGAGAUUUAAAUUCAGAAUACAAGAUUGAUGAGCUAAGUAGACCUUCCUCACGUCUUCCUGGUGUCCGUGCAUUGCUUCCACUGCCCAGUGGAGAUCUGUUAACGGGGGGUACUGACUUGAAGAUACGUAGGUGGGACCAUUGCAGCCCCAACCAGACUUACUGUGUGUGUGGACCAUCCAUAGAAGGAGAUGGAAAUGAUGAUAUUUAUGAGACAAAAUCUAGCUUUGGAGUGCAAGUUGUGCAGGAAAUGAGAAGACAACCUUUAGCGACCAGGUUGACUAGAAAAGCAAUUCUUGCAGCUGCCGUCGCAGAUUCUGCAGGAUGUCACCGCGAUUCUAUACUAUCUUUGGCUUCCGUGAAAUUGAACCAAAGACUUCUAAUAUCAAGCGGUAGAGAUGGAGUCAUAAAGGUUUGGAAGUAA